CUGGCCCUGCGGCCGGCGGCAGCGAGCCGAGAGCCGGGCCGGGGGCGGCGGCGGGGCCCGCAGCCUGCCCGGCGCCCGCCACCAACAUGCCCUUUGACUUCAGGAGGUUUGACAUCUACAGGAAGGUGCCAAAAGACCUUACACAGCCAACCUACACAGGGGCUAUUAUCUCUGUCUGCUGCUGUCUCUUCAUACUGUUUCUCUUCCUGUCUGAGCUCACCGGAUUCAUAGCCACUGAAAUAGUUAAUGAGCUCUAUGUGGAUGACCCUGACAAAGACAGUGGAGGUAAAAUAGAAGUGAAUUUGAACAUCAGUUUGCCAAACCUGCAUUGUGAAUUAGUUGGACUAGACAUCCAAGAUGAAAUGGGAAGGCACGAAGUGGGUCAUAUUGACAACUCAAUGAAGAUACCUCUCAAUAAUGGAGAUGGCUGCAGGUUUGAGGGCCAUUUCAGCAUCAACAAGGUCCCUGGUAACUUUCAUGUAUCAACACACAGUGCCACUGCGCAGCCGCAGAAUCCUGACAUGACUCAUGUCAUCCACAAGCUCUCAUUUGGGGACAAGUUGCAGGUCCAUAACGUUCAUGGAGCGUUCAAUGCCUUGGAGGGAGCAGACAAACUCAGCUCAAAUCCUCUUGCAUCUCACGAUUACAUACUGAAGAUCGUCCCGACCGUGUACGAAGACAUGAGCGGCAAGCAGCGGUACUCGUACCAAUACACUGUAGCAAAUAAGGAGUACGUAGCCUACAGUCACACAGGCCGCAUCAUCCCAGCCAUCUGGUUUCGUUAUGAUUUGAGCCCCAUCACAGUGAAAUACACAGAGAGGCGACAGCCUUUGUACAGGUUUAUCACAUCGAUAUGUGCCAUCAUUGGAGGAACAUUUACAGUAGCUGGGAUCCUUGACUCCUGCAUUUUCACAGCAUCAGAGGCCUGGAAGAAGAUCCAGCUGGGGAAAAUGCAGUAGCAGUGAAACUCUACCCUAGUCUCCAAGGACAGGAGCAAAGAUUGAGACCUAUUUUUGUCUUUAUUUUCUAUUUGAUUGAAUCAGUAAGUUUUUCUCUAAUCAGGCUGUUCUCAGUGAAGAUGUCUUCAACAAAUCAAAGAAAUCUCCAUGCAUUUCAGAGCUCUGAGAGUGAAAAUUCAGUGGAAGUAGGGCAUGGAUUUCAAUUCUCUCCCCCCAGGAAGAGAGGUUGGAAUGCCAUCUAUGAAAUACACUGUCAGGUCUAAGUAAGGAUGACAGUCUGUUCUCUUGAAAGGUUCCUAUGGCAGUACACAAACUAGGUAGUAGAUUGCAAAGAGUUGAGGUGUAUUGUGGCACUUUUUUGGAAUUCUGUUGUAUUUGCAUGAUUAGACAAUCGACUUUUGUAUAAGGCAAAAAUUAUACAUUAGGAAGAAAUUCCACCUGUGGUGCCAAAAAGGUGAUGUAUCUGUUGGGGAGGAAUGGAAAGUGUUAGUCCCGGUAGCAAACUUGAGAGACAGAAGGCAGAAAUAACAUCAAGAAGUAUUUUGUGCUUGUAUUGAAAGCUCUUUUGUUCAGAUAUGACCUUUCUAAUGAAAUGAGCAAACAAGAAGAGAAAGCCUUCCCCCAGUUACCUUUCCUGGGUAAUGUGUGACCCAGGCAGCAGAGGGCCUUUCUUUUACUCUGGAUGUAAAAGUAGUUUCAUUUCUUCCCAGAAACUGAAUAUCCAGUCUUGUGUUUACAGGUGGCAUGAAGUAAAAACCAAACUGAGCAACAUGGUUUUAUGUGGCCUUUGCUUGGAAAGGGAAUGGUUGUCUUUACAGCAUUAGCUUUUAUUCUUUCAUAUGUUUUUUAAACACAGACCACCCAGCAGUAGUUUGGAUUCUGUACUUCUGCUUUGUUAUUGUUGUUGUUAUUUUGAAAAGGGGUUGUAUAUUCUACAUGUUCAGAAAAAUGGUGCAGUCUUCUGGGUGGGUGAUGAGCACAGUUUACUGUCUUGCUUUGUGUGUGUAUCGAAUACACCUGUCAAACACAGGAAAGUCUGUUUUUUCAGGUUUUAAGGUGCCUCCCUUUUCCUUUAAAAUUCAGUCGAGCGUCUUUUCUGAGCCCUAAACUGACACUGUUCACCCACAGGUACAGCAGUAGCAGGGCAGGGAUUCCCACAAGCUGGUCCCUGAUGGUAAUUGUUUUGUUGUAUUCCUUAAAAAGUACCUGAGCGUCCAUGCCUAUUCAUUCAAGCGUGGUCUUCUGGGGCCUCCAAUAAAUGGAGGUGUGAGGGGAAAACUACUGCCAGGUGUGGCUUGCAUUAAUGGUAGACAUGAGUUCACUAAAAUUAGACCAGUACCCACCAGUGCAUUUUCCAUAGCCUCCUAAACAUUCCUUGAGUAGUAACAGUCUCUGCAUGCUUUGUAAAUGUCAGAGCUGAGGAUAUACAAAUGUUAAGUGUUCCAGGAUGGAUCAAAAUCAUAAAAUAAAAAUAUUUUAACUAUGAAUUCUAAGACAGGUGCAGGAUUUCCCUUGCGCAAUAUCUACUGCCCACGGCCCUUUCCUGGAGGCAAAAGUAUCCAAACACGAUGCUGUAAUAGUAUGAAUCUUUGAAUAUUCAGUGUUAAUAAAGUCAGAUACAUUUCAAAAGUA